AUGUCAGACUAUCUCCCUGGGGGGAUCAUACUCGAAAUACUUAGACGGUUACCCAUCAAAUCUGUGAUCCAUUGCUGCUUAGUGUGUAGGUCAUGGAAGUCUCUGAUCGAAAGCUCUACCCACCUCCGCCGCAAAGUCCAACCCAACAACCAAAACGAACCCUACUUCCUUCUACUCAAGCCGCCAUCGCAAUCGCUCAACUGGUCUCUUUGGGACUUGGGUGAGUAUAUCACAAUCGAAAAUCCUUACCGCCACCUUACAGAAUCAGUUUUCCCUAGAAACGAGAACAAAAUUAUAGUCAACAAUUUCAAUGUGGUGGGAACUUGCAACGGGCUAGUGUGCUUUGCUUUUGACUUCAAAUAUUAUGGUUCCACAGCAGUAAUUUGGAACCCUAGUAUCAGAAAGUACGUGAGUUUGCCUUGGCGUCGAAUUUCAAACCCUAAGAAUGGCUCUGUCUUUAACAUAGCAAGUUAUGCUUUUGGCUAUGAUUCCCGGACCAAGGACUACAAGGUUUUGAGAACUGUCAGUGAUUUUGGUCGUGAAACAGAGGUUUGGUCCUUAGCUAGGGGCACCUGGAAGAUCCUUAGGCGGCCUAAGGAUUUUCCAAGUCGAGGCGAUAAUGUUCGGUAUGCUUUUGUCAAUGGUGCAGUACAUUGGGUUCAUCACCGUCGUAGAGAUCAAAAGGAUGAUGCCAUUGUGGAUACUUCUAUUGUCUUGUUUGAUAUGUCAACUGAAUUAUAUCGCGAGACAAGGAUGAUGCCAGAAGAUUUGAGAGGAAAGCAAUGCCAUAUUUCAAGAUACAUGGAGUCCAUUGGUUUAUUUACAGGGACAGUUUUGGAGAGUAACAAGAGUUCUAUUGAUGUGUGCGUGAUGAGAGAUUAUGGAGCUGUGCAAUCAUGGACAAAGCUAUUUACAUUACCUACGUAUCUGGAAGGGACUGAGCUAGAGCCAUUUGGUUUUAAAAAGAACGGCGGUGAAGCAGUGUUCAAAAUGAGUGGUACUGGUGAACGGGUAAUAACAGUGGAUCUUAAGACCAAGAAAGUUGGAGAAUUUGCGAUCAAUGACGAAUACAAGUACUACGACUUCUUGGACUGCUUUGCUGAAAGCCUUGCCUUACUUGGUCAUGUUAAAUCUUUCUAA